AUGGCUUGUGCCAUCAGUGUCUUAAUGAAGGACUUGGCAGAUGAACUUGCUUUCGUUGAUGUCAUGGAAGACAAAUUAAAGGGAGAGAUGAUGGAUCUCCAACAUGGCAGCCUUUUCCUUAAAACACCAAAAAUUGCCUCUGGCAAGGACUAUAGUGUGACUGCAAACUCCAAGCUGGUGAUUAUCACAGCUGAGGCACAUCAACAAGAGGGAGAAAGCUGUCUUAAUUUGGUCCAGCGUAACGUGAAUAUCUUUAAAUUCAUCAUUCCUAAUGUUGUCAAAUAUAGUCCCAACUGCAAAUUGCUCGUUGUUUCCAAUCCAGUGGAUAUCUUGACCUAUGUGGCUUGGAAGAUAAGUGGCUUUCCCAAAAACCGUGUUCUUGGAAGUGGUUGCAAUCUGGAUUCAGCCCGGUCCCAUUACCUAAUGGGGGAGAGGCUGGGAGUUCACCCAUUAAGCUGUCAUGGGUGGCUCCUUGGGGAGCAUGGAGACUCUAGUGUGCCUGUAUGGAGUGGAGUGAAUGUUGCUGGUGUCACCCUAAAGACCCUGCACCCUGAAUUAGGCACUGAUACAGAUAAGGAACAAUGGAAACAAUGCAGACACACUUUGGGGGAUCCGGAAAGAGCUGCAGUUUUAAAGUCUUCUCAUGUCAUACCACCUCAUGUAACUGUCUAG